AUGCCUGGAGGAUUAAGGCCUGGUGAAAAGGGAAAAGUUCCUUUAGAAGUGGGGCUACUGAAGCGGGUCUGUGCUGUACCUGCCGGUCCAAACAUUAUCCAGAUGUCUGAAUAUAUCCUUGGACGCAGAUACAUGUUCAUAUUCAUGGAGCUCCUAGAGUCCUACACGAGCCUUGAAGAUGUUAUAUACAAAAAAACUGGACCUUUGAGUGAAGAAAAAGCAAAACAUGCUUUCCGCCAAAUUGUGCAGGCAGUUUUGCACUGCCACUCACGUGGGGUGUUUCACAAUGAUAUCAAGCCCAAUAAUAUCAUGUAUCAGACAACCACUGGCCAAAUUAAACUAAUAGACUUUGGUUAUGGUGAUUUACUAAAGGAGAAAUACUAUCCACAUGCACCUGGCACACCUGCAUACUGGCCUCCAGAGUGGUAUUUAUUCAGGAAGUACAAAGCAGAACCUGUUACUGUCUGGACUCUUGGUAUCACCCUUUUUGAGCUUUUGUGUGGAAACAGGCCAUUCAAAGAAAAAAUGGAAAUUCUAGAGUGCAAAAUCUCAUAUACCAAUGAGAUCUCGGGAGGAAUGAUUCUACUUCUAGAAGAGCUCCGUAAAUCUAUUUGUUCUGAUGUUAAGAAAUCUAUUACGGCACUUAAAAGAGACAUAGCAGAUAUUGCAGAAUGCACAUCAUAUUUGGAAACAAGAAUGUCUGACAUUGUGAAGGUGCAUAACGAAAUUGUAACAGCUUCAAAUGAAGUGGAGGAGACGAUAAGCAAGCUGUCUGACCUUGAGUCUCCAGGGCCGGUGAGUUCUUACCCCAUCUUUGCUAAUGGUGUUCAGACGGAAACCUCUUUCCUAGCUCCGGGACAACCUUGGGUGAACAAACAAGUUCCAGAGGAACCGAUGUCGAUCGGACUUUUUGAGACAGAUAUGGACUGCCCUGAUGGGGUGCUGUCUGACACCUGGGAAAAGGCCCUGCAGCUUAUUAAAGGACUGAUGACGUCUCUGCUGGACAUUAUUGUCUACUACAACCAGAAAAAGAAUGUCAAGGGUGUGUUAUAA